CUCUCCCUGAUCUUUGCCGAGUCAUCGCUGGAGCUGGUACCCAGGGAACUUCAGGCCCACCGCUCCGUGGUGUCGCACGCAAGAAGGCUGGGAAAGAGGCCCGGCGAGAUCCUGCUUGAUGUCUCCUGGCACUACGCGGCUAUGCGUGGAAUCAAAGACGAGAUGAAGCGCGGCAGGCCAGACCUGAUCCACAUGUGCCUGCAGAAUGCAUGCAGCACGCCGCUGUACCUCAGGGGAGGCCUGGCGAUAUACAUACACACCAUAUCAGGCAGGGUGAUCACUAUUGGCAGCGGUAUCCGCCUGCCAAAAUCGUACCACCGCUUCGCGGGACUGAUGGAGAGGCUUUUUCUGGACGGAUCCAUCGAGCAUGAGGGCAGGAGGAUGCUGGAUCUUGACACGAUGGGCCUUGCAGAGGUGAUAGAGGAGAUCCGGCCCGGCGCCAUACUUGGGCUGUCAACCCUGGGCGACAGGAUCCAGCUGCCACGACUGGCAUCAGAACUGGCCGGAGGCUCGUGCGUAGUAAUAGGCGGAUUUCAGAGGGGGCACUUUGCCCCGCAUGUGAGCAGCGUCAUGGACGCGACGUACAGAAUUGGCGACGACCCGCUUGAGGCCCAUGUGGUCACGAGCCGGGUGCUCUACGAGUAUGAAAAGACGGUUUUUAUGUAG